GCGGCAUCGGUCCGCGGCAAGACAAACGUGUUGAUGAUUGGCCCUUGAUGCAGUCUCCAUUUCCAACACUGACUAUAAGCACUAUUUAUCUCCUCACUGUCUGGCUGGGCCCCAAAUGGAUGAAGACAAGAGAGCCCUUCCAGUUACGCUUCCUGUUGGUUGUUUACAACUUUGGAAUGGUUCUGCUCAACUUCUUCAUUUUCAAAGAGUUGUUCUUGUCAUCAAGAGCUCGAGGGUACAGCUAUGUCUGCCAGACUGUGGAUUAUUCAGAUAAUGUUUAUGAAGUUAGGAUAGCUGCUGCUUUAUGGUGGUAUUAUGUUUCUAAAGGAAUUGAGUAUUUGGAUACAGUAUUCUUCAUCCUGAGGAAGAAAUUUAACCAAAUUAGUUUCCUUCAUGUCUAUCACCAUUUCACCAUGUUCACCUUGUGGUGGAUUGGUAUCAAGUGGGUUGCAGGUGGACAAGCUUUUUUCGGAGCUCAAAUGAAUGCAUUUAUACAUGUCAUUAUGUACAUGUAUUAUGGAUUAGCAGCUUGCGGCCCUAAAUUUCAGAAAUACCUGUGGUGGAAACGAUAUUUGACCAUAUUGCAAUUGGUGCAGUUCCAUGUGACUAUUGGCCACACAGCCUUGUCUAUUUAUAUUGAUUGUCCUUUCCCUAAAUGGAUGCACUGGGGUGUCAUUUUCUAUGCUGUCACCUUCAUUUUCCUGUUUGGUAACUUCUACUAUCGGACAUAUAAGCUGCCCAAGGAACCUGUAAAGAAUGGCAAAAUAGCAAAUGGUGCUGUCGCAAAUGGAGUAAGCAAACCAGAAAAUAAUGCGGUGGUGGAAAAUGGAAAAAAGCAGAAAAAGGGAAAAGCAAAAGGAGAGUAACUUGAUCCAGGCCUUAACCAUUGUUGGCAGUGAGGAACCUCCAGUUUGGUUUAUAAAAGGAAGAAAAAAAACACUAUCUGUACCAAUUAACCUUAGGUUACUGAAGAGCUAGAACACAGAUAUUUUCAUUAUUUAUGAAGAUUGUUUUAAGAACAACACUAAAGUUGAAUUUCUAUUGUAAUUAUGUAAUUAUCAUGCAUAUGGUCUCUGUGUAAACUUGUAGACUGCUGGUGUUGGUGAAUGUAAGGAAGAAUUGCAGUUGAUUCCAUGUUUAGCAGUCCAAAAGUUAAUGCUACCAUUGAUACAGGCACCCACAUUUCUUGGGGGGGGGGGUGAGGGGAAGGGGAAGGAAGUAGCAUUUGAAUACUUGUGCUUUCUUUCCAGAAAAUUAUUAAAUUUCAAAUUAUGACGUAUUAUCUAAUCAGAAUGCGCAACUUUUCUUGUCCUCCUUGGAGAGUACCUUCACAAAAUAUGUGCUGUCAGAACAGUGUUUGACUUUUCAGACAUUACUUGAUUUAAUUGAGUAUCUGUUACAGUUUGGUUUUUGUUUUAUUAUUUUUUCUUGUGUGGAAAUAUACCUACCUCUUCAUCUGCUGAAAAGAAUAUUGAGCAUUAAAUAACUGGUUUCUGAAAUAUGGACUCCUCUAAUCUAAAUAUCUAUUAAUACUAAUUCAGGAGAACGUGUGUUUCCUUGUGGGAGUAAAAGGGAUUUUUGGUGAUAUCCUUUGAUCAAGUCAUCAUUUUAAUGUCAGCUGAAAUUUUGGAGUGGUACUUUUAGUAGAGUCAAGUCAAGAAUACAUUUUAACAAUGUAUAAAUAUGAAUGAAUAUAUUGGUUGAAGCAAGCAGUAAAAAAUAGGCUUGCUGCUUGUUGUCCGUGACCUGCAUUAAAUCUGUGGUACUGACUGAUACUCAAAAUGGUAAGAUAAUGCUAGGGUGGAGAGAAAACAGCAUCUAAUUCCAUUUCUGAAAUGUUGUGUGCAUGGGUAGUCAUGCUAACUAAAAGACUAACCAUCACUUUCUUGGGAGAGAGAAUUUGGUUUUAAAGUACUAAAUACAGCAAACAUAAAACAUUGAAAAUGUUGCUAUUGCUUGAUACCUGUCAAAACUCUGUUAGACACUUCUAGACAAAGUAUUGCUGAUAGACAGGCCACCAUUUUAAGUCAAAACUGCUAAAAUAAUUAGAAACUUUCAGAUGGAUUUUCAUUUACAUGUUACAUAAAGGGCUUUUUACCAUUCCUUUUGUGAAGAAAACAGGGAAAGAUUUUUACUCCUUCUGAAUAAUGUGAUUACUAAGAGAUACAUUUUGAGCUGCUUAGCAUGCAAUGAAUAGAAGAUGGGUGGAAUUAGAAACUAUAUCCUGAAUUACUGUGUUCCUUGGCCCUCGCUGCAAGAGCUGCAUUGUUACUGUCCAAAUGCAUUCCCCCCCACCCCAGCUCUGGCCAAAAACAUACCCAGAGGUAGCAACAAACAUACAUCUGGCAAGCGGCACCAUUGGUGCAGAAAGUGUACACGGAACUGAGUGUAAAGUGGGUGACACGUUUAACUGAGUUUUGCGUCUCAGUCAUCCAUUGACUGGUUAUAAUAUGCAAGCAGGUCACAUAUUCUGUGUCUCAGGUUUGUCUUGUCUCAAAAAAAAAAAAAAUAAAUCUAAACUCAGAAAACAGGUCCUAGGAAAAACAGUUUUGGGUAUAGUCUUUUGUAAAUAAACAGUAAUUCCUAAUGCUGGAGUUGGUUCAGCUGGAAGGUGGUUCAUCCCUAAUCACCACCACUGUGGAUUUUUGGGCAGAAUAUAGGAUUGUGAAAAACUGUCUCUGCUGAACUCAAAUGCACGUGACCAUUAAGUUUCUUAUCUGCUGUGUCUUUUGAUUCUUCCAGCCUUUGUAAUGAUGCUUUUUGCAUUUGUAGAACUGCAUAUUUAUGUAGUGUGGCAUGGGGAAGAGGGAUGGUGAUCUACCCUUCCUUCUUGGACAAAUGCCACUACCCUUAACCAAGCCAAAAUGCUGGCUGACUCAGUAAAUUUGGAAUGGCUAAAGGAGUAAAUAACUACAAAGCACAUUUACAGCACACCUGCUACUCCAAGGUAGUGAUUGGUGUGAGUACAGUUACCCUCCUGUAAUUUCAAAGUCAAAUACCCCACUGUGAUUAAAGGGUAGAUUCUUUCUAUUUGCCAUGGGAUUUGGGCAGCUAACUUCUGAAUCUGUGUCAUUCCUUGAAUCGUGUUAAAUUGGUUGUUUGCUCUGUCAUUCAUUCAAUAAGCCAGAUCAGCUAAACUGAUGCUCUUAAUGUGAUCUGGCUCUGCAACAGCAUACUGGGGAGUAUUCCAUGCAGGUUCAAUUGUGUCUUUGCUCCACUUUCUGAGUUAAGAAUUAUGUCUUGCAUGACGUUAAAUAUUUAAAUAAAUGAAAGUCAAAUUUUUUCUCCCCCUCAUCAUGCAUGGAAGUGGAUUAAAGUUGAUUGCCACUUGAACCUUGUUGACAGAGCUAGAGUAGAAGCCUACUGUCAAAUGCUGGGGUAAUUCUAAGAAAACAUGAAAAAGCUCACUGUGAGAAUGCAUGUGUAUGUACACAUCAUGUUGUCUGGCCCUGUGCAUAAAACCAGUUUGAGAGAUUGCCAUUUCAUGGGAAAAAAAGCCCAGUUAUUAAAUUACUGGAACACU